AGCCCAGAGAGCGGGCGGAGGAGGAGGAGAGAGGAGCGAUGUGCGGAGGAGCUGCCGGGCUGCGCUCCCACUGUGUGACUCGGUUCGGAUGCUGAAGGAGGACUCGGAGGACGAUGGGACCGACCUGCUCCUCCAGACACCUCGCGCUCUGUCUGGCUCUUCAUUUAGUCUCUGUGCUGCAGAUGGUCCUGGUCAGCGCUGGUCAGUGUGACUCGGUCUUCAAAGGUUUCUCGGACUGUCUGCUUCAGUUAGGGGAGAACAUGGCCAACUAUCCCCAGGAGCUGGACGACAGGAAGAACCUGCACAAGAUCUGCACUUACUGGGACGACUUCCACGCCUGUGCCACCACGGCUCUGGCAGACUGCCCACAGGGAGCCACGGACCUUUGGGAGAAACUGAAAAAGCAGUCCCGCAACUUGGAAUUCCGUGGGAGUUUGUUUGAACUUUGUAGCAGCGGCAACUCAGCUACCACAGCAGCUGACGCCAGGAGCCUCGCCCUGCUUCUACCCACCAUACUGACUUGGCUGGCGUUUUAACAGAAACAAGGAAACGGGGCAAAAAAAAAUACAGAAAACUAAGCAAAAAAACAAAACCCAAAAUAAAACAAAAUGUUGAGCCAAAAGAAUAAAAAACAACUGAAAAAAGAAAAGAGAUAAUGAGCGAGAGCUGCUCUUCAAUACUGAAAAUACGACAUCAUCGGCUGAAUUCAUGGUGACAAAAGUAGAAAACUAUACUCCAAAAAGGAUUUCACGGCAUCACAGUAAGGGGCGCGGUCUGACGGGACAGCCGCCCGCCCGGAGCACUCAUCCAAUCACACGCUGACUGACCCGGAGGUCGAUAACAUGAAAUAUUCAACACAUUGUCCAGCUGAAAUGAUGAAAA